UGAUGAUUAUGAAUAAAGUAAAGUGUAUUUCUCUGCUGUAGAUCGAGCUGAGAGUAGAAAACAUCAUGAAGAACAUCACGCAGAUCCACCAGAGAAACACUGCAGAGCCGUGCCGGAGUGUGCGUUUGGUGUUCAGACGACACACACGACUGAAUUAUAGAGGAGAUCACAGGGACAGAACACAGCAUCUGCAAAGGCAGGGGGCGCUGCGUUUUCCCAGCUCUCGCCCAGCAGGACUGAUGGAGAUCAGGGCUGGUUUGGCUGUUCCGGCUCGUCCUCAGUUUAGACCUGAUGAAGACGCUCUGCUGCAGGCCAUCAGGAGCUUACACCGCCGGCCUGAAAGAGGCGCCGGCACACACCAGAUUCACCGCUUCGCUAUCAGCAGAAACAGAAUAACCCAGAGUGGGUCAACAUUACCCAGAGCUCAGAGUAACCCUCAGAGCAUCACACUGAUGAGCCGUCAGCGCUUUACUAUUAGCACUAGCGGAUCAACACGCCUGUUCAACACCAGCGGCUUAACGCUAACCAGACCAGCACAGGCUAGCACAGAGAAACAGCAGUCCUCCAGUGAAGCGUCUGAAGGAGCUCCUACACACACAUCUACAUCAGCCAGCAAGAUCUUCUUUUCUGAUCAGGAUGAGAUUCCAGGAUUGGGUGAUGAAGCGGAGACACUGACACCAUCAGAAACCAUCAGACGCAGAGCUCAGGAGAUGGAGAAGCUGUACAGACAGGACUGCAGGACUCUGGGAACGGUGGUGAAGAUGCUGAUCUCCAAACAUCCAGCCCUGCAACAGAAGCUCCAGACCGCUAUGACAGAAAUCCUGCUGGAUAUCAAAAGGAAAAACCUGGAAAAACUCAGUCUGUUCAUCUCUGAGGUGAACGCAUCGGCUAAACCAUAAUCUAGAAACACAAUAUCCGACUAUACAGAAGCAGCGUUUGUGGAGUUCAGUUUUCUGUAGCGACGUUCCCUUGUUCACAUCUCAAUCUAUAAUGUUGUAUUUUUGCAUG